UUUCAGUCCAGUUAAAAAAUGUAGUGGAGUAGUAGAAAGUACAGAUACCUACUCUCAAAAGAAAAAGUCAAAAGUAUCCCCUUUAAAAUGUACAUAAGUAAAGUACAGAUACCUAAAAAGUGCACUUCAGAUCUUUUACUUUUGUACUUCCCACCACUGCUCUGUUGUAAGUCAUGAUCAUUACACUUCCCAUGACUUGUAUGACUCAUUGUUUGGAAUGAGCCACUCCCUCCUCCCCUGACUUUCACUUCUGGAGAAAUGGAGCUUCAACAGAUCCAGCUGUACAAACUGCGCUGUUCUUUGUGUUUGGACACUUUAAAAGACCCUGCCACUAUUCCCUGUGGCCAUAGCUUUUGUCUCGGCUGUAUCGACAAGAACUGGAAUGAAAAUGAGGAAGGAGAAGGCUACACCUGUCCAAGUUGUGCAAAGGCAUUCAAACCAAGACCUGCUCUAGUUGUCAGCGGUACAUUUGCUGCUUUGGUUGAAGAACUGGCAAGACUCCAGACAGCUCCAACUGACGAUUUUGAAUGUUUUGCUACAGAUGAAGAUAUAGCUUGUGACGUUUGUAAAGGAAAUAGAUUGAAAUCAGUCAAGUCUUGCCUGGCGUGCCGUGCUUCUUACUGCGAGCACCACCUACAGCCUCAUUAUGAAUCUCCUGCAUUUUUGAAACACCAACUUGUCCCACCUUCUAAAAGUGUAGCGCAAAGUAUCUGCCAACAUCACAAUGAGGAUCUGAAGAUGUUCUGCCUCACUGAUCAGCAAGUUAUCUGCUUUCUUUGCUCCAUCGAGGAACACAAGACCCACGAAACUGUCUCAGCUGCCACAGAACGGACCAAGAAAUUGGACCAGCUUGGGUUGCUUCAAGAAAAAGUUCGUCAAAAAGUUGAGAGCAAAGAGAAGGACAUAGAGAUGCUUAACAAUGAGAUCGCUGCCAUUGUUGACUCGGCAAACACUGUCAUGUCAGAUAGCGAGAAUGUCUUUGGAGAAGUGGUGCAGUUUAUUGAGAAAAUGAGUUUGCAGUUGAAAGAACACAUCAGACGUCAGCAAGAAUUCGAGGUUGAGCGGGUCAAAAAAAUCCAAGAAAAACUGGAAGAGAAAAUAAUCGAAUUGCGUCAGAAAGAUGCCGAGCUUGACGAGAUUGGAAACGUAUACAAUUACAGCCAAUUCUUCAAUGCAUUUCAAACAAUUCCACCUUUUGAUGACGUUAUAACUAAAACAGCAAAUACCAGUUCGCUAAAAUACUUCACAACUAUCACAGUAGCGUUGUCCGAAAUGAGAGAUAAACUUCAAGACAUGCUAACGGAAGAAUGCGAUAAAAUCUUGCGAAAAGUGCCUGAUGUUGAUGUUUUGCUACCAGCAGUGGAGCCCAACACCAGAGAAGAGUUCAUGCAAUAUUCGCUCCAGAUGACGCUAGACCCAAGUUCGGUCAAUGGCGGGCUUUUGCUAACUGACGGAAACAGAAAAGCGUCAGUUGUGCGGGAGAAGCAAUGCUACGCGAAUCAUCCGGACAGGUUUUUAGACUUUUCACAGGUCUUGAGCAGGCACAGCGUAACCGGGCGAAGUUACUGGGAGGUUAAUAUCGGGAAAGGUGGUGCGACCGUUGCCGUUUCGUACAAAAGUGUUCAGAGGACAGGAGACGAGAGCGCCUUCGGAAGCAACAAUAAAUCAUGGGCCCUCAACUGUUUCGAUAAAAGUUUCUAUUUCAGACAUAACAAGGCACGUAUGUUCAUAUCAGGGCCGCCAUGUGAUAAAAUUGGGGUGUAUGUGAACCACAGAGAAGGGAUUUUGUCAUUUUAUGCUGUGGGUAAAAACAUGACUCUGCUUCACAGAGUCGAGACAGAGUUUGCAGAGCCGCUGCACGCAGGUUUGGGGCUCUACUGGGUUGGAGAUUCAGCACAAAUGUGUUAAUAGGGGUGGAGAGUAUUUUUUAAAUUAAUAAUAAAAUCUAAAUUGCUGUUUUGAUGAUAUACAAAAUUUGAACUUUGAGUUUAGCAUCUAUAAUUGAAAAUAUUUAAAAAUAAGAGCAGAUUGGAAAUGCAUAGUAAACAAGCGCAAUCAGAGAUAGCAACCUGGUCCCCCAUGAGGCAUUGGUGGGGUCAGUUCAUCACCACAGAAGCAGUUUAUGAGGAGCCCAGCCCAUAUUACAUGAUCGUUAUAUCCACAAUGCAAUGUGUGUAUCUGUACAGGCCCAUGAACAUUUGGGUGAUAUUGUUACACAUGAGAAUGUCUGUGUUUACUUAACGAAAAUGUAAUUUUGUCAUGAGUUGUGUUUCUGUUAGUUGUGUGACUGUAGAUCAGUGUGUUGUGUAUCACCAGAAAAAGAAGAAAUGGAAAUUAUUUUUGUUCCGAUUAGAAUUUUAACAGCAACACCGAAAGAGAAAGGAACUGUUAUAAUUAGUGAUUAUCUGGAAAACUAUUAAUAUUUUACUAUACAAAUGCAUAGAAUUAUACAUAGAUAAUAUUUUUUCUGAGAGUUUGAGACCACUCCCGUUGCUCUAGCUCCAUCCUUGGCGGAGUUAUGACCAAAAACGCAUAUUUGACCUUGGUUACACUGACCUUCAAGUGACCUUAACCAGUUUAAACCAGUAACAUUCAGUAUAGCACUGAUAUUUGUGUGCCAACUUGUGUGAUGAUUGGGUGAAUAUUUUAGACCGCAGAUGGUUCAGAAAUUGCUAAAAUUGCCUAUCCUUUAUAAUGGUGUAACCUUUCAAUUGACCCGUGUGGCCUCAAAUUACCUCAGAUCGUCACCAAACUUUUUUUUUUGCAGCAUCAGGCACGGGGGCUUGACCCAUGUACCAAAUUUGGUGACAAUUGGUCUAUAAAUGACGGAAUUAUCAUGGGUGGACAGACACAGACACAGAGACACACAAGGUGAAAACAAAACCUGGUCAACCCUUCGGGGACCAGGUAAAAAGCAGUUUAAACCCAGAAUAGCAAUAUAGAUAAAAAUCCUCCACCUGAUAUGUUGCCCACUGGUUAUAGGAUGGGUUAAAUGCUGAGAAUUCAUUAGUAUGUAUAUCUACAUCUUAUCUUUUAAAGUAACAUUUCUACACUUUUCUGUUUAAUUAUACAGUGCAUUCACUAUUUGUGCCUCAACCAUGACAUUUGUAGACAUGUUUAUCACAUUUCUGACGGAUAAAAUCAUCUGAAUAUUGACAAUAUAGACAAUAUACGGGCCGCAAAACAGCAGCUUUUUUUCUUUCGCUGUAGUAUUUCUUGUUCAUAAAAUAAAGCGUACAGAUAACAGAGAUGAAAGUGUUUUGACAGUUGAGAUCGAAGAGGAUAUCUCCAAAUGGCAAAACACUCAGAAUUCGAGCGAGAAUGGCUGCUUUUACUGUAACUGUGUGAUAAGCAAUGCACUAUAUUUAGAUCUGUAAAAUCACAUGUUUUGUUUUUCUUGAUUAUUUUUUAAACGUUGAAUUUUUCACUUUAAAUUCAGCUGUGUUUGGUUGGCUCAUGUCUUUUGACCUUCAUUAUUUUCAAAUUACAUAAUAAUUUGGUGACUUUAACCACCAAAGCACUUGCAAACCCAGUGCCGGUUGAUUGCCGCAGUAAAGGUCAAAACCAUUUGUGCACUCACAGUUGUUUUUUACUUUUUGUUUUGUCUUAUUUGGGACAAUACAAAUACAAUUUGGACACACAAUCUCAUUCAGUGUUUUUUAUUUUAACUACUUUCUACAUUUUUUAUACAUACGGAUGACAUCAA